UGUCUGUCGAAGCCCUUCUUCCCUACACCUCCCUUCACUGCUGGGGGCAUGGAGGGGGCUCGGGCUCCAGCUGUUUUUUAAAAUGAUGCAGUGCUCAUGUGUGCCUGGCAUCUGCGUGCUGCAGCAGUGUGGGGCUGACAGAGUGUGUCAACUUGAGCUCUGGCUGUGCAGGCACCGCUGCUGCGUGAGCCUGUUAUUCCAUUCUGGAUUGCUAUUUUGAUACCCAGAUUGCAUCAUUCUUCCUACGUAUAAACAGGGGGUCCCCAGGGCCCUGCAGCUACUCACUUCUCCACCAACACUGUUGUUGUGAUCAGCUCUAUUUAAAUGAGCUGCCAGAUCGGGGCAGGUUCCAGCCACACAUGAGCACUGUCAUUUUGGGGAACAUGGAGGGCUGAAGGAUUUUUGGAUGGAAUCCUAAAAGGCUGAGAGUGAUGGCCUCCCGAGCUGUGCAGAGGGCGACAGAGCUAGUUCCUGAAAGUUGAAAAUCUCGUUUUCUUCCUUCUGAGCUUCUAUUCCAAGGCACCCAGAGGAUUAGGAAGGAGAUGCAGCUAGGAAGAGAGUCGCCUCUUUGAGGUCUCCCUCUUGCUGUUCAGUUUGUGAAAAUUGCUGCAGAGCCUUCGAGAUAAACAGGAACAGGAGGAGUCAACCAAGCUCUGUCUUGCAGGAGCAUCUCAGAGAUCAUCUCCUGUCCUGGGUGUAAGCGAGUAUAUCUUACCAGGGAUGUAACUGAAUAUUUUUUUCUGCAGUGCUUUUCUCCUGAGCAACCCAAAAUGGCUAAGACCUGCUCUGAGUGCAAGGAGAAGAGGGCAGCACAUAUCCUCUGCACCUACUGCAACCGAUGGCUAUGCAGCUCCUGCACUGAGGAGCACCGGCAUAGCCCUGCUCCUGGGGGCUCACUCUUUCCCCGCUCCCAGAAGGGAUCUUCAGGAGUGAAUGGUGGUGCUGGGGACUUCGCCUUGUACUGUCCUCGACAUACGCAAGAAGUGCUUAAACUAUUCUGUGAGACCUGUGAUGUGCUCACAUGUCAUAGCUGCCUAAUUGUAGAACACAAAGAACACAGGUGCAGACAUGUUGAAGAAGUUCUACAAAACCAGAGGAUGCUUUUAGAAAGUGUGACUACACAGGUGGCACACAAGAAAUCCAGUCUACAGACAUCUGCAAAGCAAAUUGAGGACAGGAUUUUUGAAGUGAAGCAUCAGCACCGGAAGGUAGAAAACCAGAUCAAAAUGGCAAAAAUGGUUCUGAUGAAUGAGCUGAACAAACAGGCCAAUGGACUCAUAGAGGAGUUGGAGGGCAUUACUAAUGAGAGAAAGCGGAAGCUGGAACAGCAAUUACAAAGCAUCAUGGUUCUCAACCGUCAGUUUGAGCAUGUGCAGAAUUUCAUCAAUUGGGCUGUCUGCAGCAAAACCAGCGUCCCUUUUCUUUUCAGCAAAGAACUGAUUGUGUUUCAGAUGCAGCGAUUGCUGGAGACAAGUUGUAACACAGAUCCUGGAUCCCCUUGGAAUAUCAGAUUCACCUGGGAGCCUAACUUCUGGACCAAGCAGCUGGCUUCCCUUGGAUGCAUAACCACAGAAGGUGGACAACUGUCCCGGAUAGAUACUCCUACUUAUGGAGGUUUACAGGGGCCACCAACCUUUUAUCAAAGUCAUCAGUCCCCAGUGGCUCCGCAAGAGGCCCUUAGCCACCCCUCUCACAAGUUCCAGCCUCCAGCACUGUGCUCCUCAUCUGUGUGUUGCUCCCAUUGCUCCCCAGUGUCACCUUCACUCAAAAGCCAGGUCCCCCCAUCCAGUGUACACCCGUCCCAUAGCUUUAGGCAGCCCUCUGAGAUGGUGCCUCAGCAUCUGGGGUCCCUACAAUGUUCCACCCUGCUGCCCAAGGAGAAAGAGGUGACCUGCAGUCCUCACCCUCCAAAGCUGCUGCAGCCUUGGUUGGAAACCCAGCCCUCAGUGGAGCCGGAGAGCACAUCCCAGCAGCGACCUGGGCAGCAGCUGACUUCCCAGCCCGUGUGCAUCGUCCCUCCACAGGACAUUCAGCAAGGAACCCAGCAGCCCACGUUACAGACGCCUUCCAUCCAAGUUCAGUUCGGCCACCAUCAGAAACUGAAGCUCAAUCACUUUCAGCAGCAGCCACAGCAGCAGCUGCCCCCUCCGCCACCUCCACCUCCUUUACCCCCCCAGCAGCCACCUCCAACUCUACCUCCACCCCAGCACCUGGCUUCCAGUCAGCAUGAGAACGCCCCUGGGCCUGCCUGUUCUCAGAAUGUGGACAUAAUGCACCAUAAGUUUGAGCUGGAGGAGAUGCAGAAGGACUUGGAGCUUCUCCUUCAGGCCCAGCAGCCCAGCCUGCAGCUGAGUCAGACCAAAUCUCCUCAGCAUCUUCAGCAAACCAUUGUGGGGCAGAUCAACUACAUUGUGAGGCAGCCAGCACCUGUCCAGUCGCAGAGCCAGGAGGAUGCCCUGCAGGUUACAGAUGAGCCUCCAGCAUCAGAGGGCCCAAAGCCAGCUGUCCCUCCUGACAAGAACACUGCUGCUACCUUGCCCCAGACAUCCGGGGAAGAAACUCCUCACAGUGUCCCUGCAGUGGACAGCGCCAUCCAGCACUCCUCUCCGAAUGUGGUGAGAAAGCAUUCAACCUCAGUGAGCAUCAUGGGCUUUUCCAACUCUGUGGAGAUGGAGUUGUCAUCUGCCAGGCUGGCGAGGGCCCUAGAGCCACAGAUCCAGAGUGUGAGCAGUCUGACGGCUGGUGGUCAGCAGGCAGUACCGAAUCUGCUGAGUGGCCCUCCACCUACUGUGUCCAGCAUGACGAGUGUUCAAACUCACACUAUGCCCAGCAUGUCCACCAGUCAUCUACAGGCCAUGCCAGGCCUUGUACGUGGCACAUUCCAGUCCACGCCCAACCUGAUGAGUGAUUCCCCUAAAGCCAUCACAGCCUUAGCCAGUGAUCCCUCUCAGGCUGGGCCCAGCCUAAUAUCUGGUCACAUGCAGGCUGUGCCAAGUCUGGUGACUUGUCCUCUGCAGUGCAUGCCCCCAGUUUCUGACACGCAGCUGGAAACUGGGUCCAGUUCUAGUCCUGGCUGUAGCAGAACUACAGAGAACCUUUGCCACAAGGAUGUGACUGAUCCCUCCCUGGAGAAUUCCCUAUGUAAGAUGGAAAGUGAAGAUUCCACUCGCUUCACUGACCCAGUGGAGCAAGGCCCUACUGCCCCUGGUCUGGAUGCUCCCAAGGAUUUGGCUAUUUCCUCUGAACUAGAAGAGCCAAUUAACCUCUCUGUGAAAAAACCUCCACUGGCACCAGUGGUCAGCACACCUACAGCUCUGCAGCAGUAUCAGAACCCAAAAGAGUAUGAAAAUUUUGAUCAAGAGGUCCUGGAACUGGAUGCAAAGGAAAACCAGAGCAUCAGGCCCUUCAAUAGUGAGUCCAGGAUCCCCUAUGUGCGAUUGGAACGACUCAAGAUCUGUGCUGCCUCCUCGGGAGAGAUGCCUGUCUUUAAGCUGAAGCCCCAGAAGAACGAUCAGGAUGGGAGCUUCUUGCUGGUCAUUGAGUGUGGUACUGAGUCUUCCAGCAUGACCAUUAAGGUCAGCCAAGAUAACCUGCCUGAUGCCAUCCAGGCCCCGGGUCUGGGGGGAAGAAAGGUCACUGUCACUUCUCUGGCUGGGCAGCGGCCACCAGAGGUGGAAGGCACAUCUCCUGAAGAACACAAACUCAUUCCACGAACUCCUGGAGCCAAGAAAGGUCCCCCCGUCCCAAUAGAGAAUGAGGACUUCUGUGCUGUGUGCCUCAAUGGCGGGGAGCUGCUGUGCUGCGAUCGCUGCCCCAAAGUGUUCCACCUCUCCUGCCAUGUGCCAGCCCUGCUCAGCUUUCCAGGGGGAGAGUGGGUAUGUACCUUGUGCCGCAGCCUGACACAGCCUGAGAUGGAGUACGACUGUGAAAAUGCCCGCUACAGUCAGCCUGAUGUGCGGGUGCCUCCUGGCCUGAGUGUAUGGGACCAGAAGAAGUGUGAGAAACUGGUACUGUCCUUGUGCUGCAAUAGCCUCAGCCUGCCCUUCCAUGAACCUGUCAGUCCCCUGGCCCGGCAUUAUUACCAGAUUAUCAAGAGGCCCAUGGACCUGUCAAUCAUCCGAAGGAAGCUGCAAAAGAAGGACCCUGCUCACUAUACCACCCCUGAGGAGGUGGUGUCAGAUGUGCGCCUCAUGUUCUGGAACUGUGCUAAAUUCAAUUAUCCUGACUCAGAGGUUGCAGAGGCUGGCCGUUGCCUGGAGGUGUUCUUUGAAGGCUGGUUGAAGGAGAUCUACCCAGAGAAACUUUUUGCCCAGCCAAGGCUGGAGGACUCAGACUCUGAGGAGGUGUCCAAUGAGAGUGGAUGUUCCACCCCUCAGGGCUUCCCAUGGCCCCCCUACAUGCAGGAAGGCAUCCAGCCCAAGAGGCGGCGAAGACACAUGGAAAAUGAAAAAGCAAAGAGAAUGUCUUUCCGCUUGACCAACAGCAUCUCACAGGUGUGAGAGCUGGAAGGAGACUGAGCGCUCGGGUGGCUGGUGUCCUGUCCUGUUGACCAUUCCUCCCCAUCCUUCAAAUUAUUCUCUUCAGAAUGUGGAUGUGAGAUGAGUCUUGUUGAGCUGUGUAGUGCUCAUUCUUGUCAUUUACAUUUACAACAUUCAUUUGGGAGCCACAGUGCAUCCACUGCAGAGAAGAUUUCAGUAAUAAACAAGAAAGAGGGAGGUUUUCCUUAUUGCCAGAGAAAUCAUAUUGUAGGACCAUGCCUGGUUGGGCUCUCCUAACUUUCUUGGUGAAUUCCACUGCUGAAGAAAGCAGACCUUUCUCAGCUUUUAUGGGCCAGGGCUCAGGAGCAGUGUAUGAAUCCGAACUCCUCCUGGCUCAGAAGUGGGUGAAAGAUGGAGUGAGGUUUGGACAUGUGAUAGUCCUGUGAUCCCUGGCCCAGCACAGCCAAAGACUGUCGCCGUUUACCAUUGCUUGUCCUGUUGGGACAGAGUGCCUGCCUGGCAGAAUAAUGGAGGCUUCUAGAGGCCAUAGGUCUCUGUUGGUGCCUAUUUGGUUCUAACGGUUUCCAGGGUAUUUGUUUCUCAUAUUUCCUUUCCUGAAGUUGGCUUGGAUGACUGCUGUGCGAGUCCUCUGGGUGGUAUGACAUUCUUUCCUGAGCUGGGUGGCUGUACAAAGCGCACUUACAUCUUGAGGCUCAGAUUUCACUUGCAUUAAGAUGUCAAGUUCAGAGUCUGCUUCUGUGCCACUUACUUUGGGCUAAUAGCACUUUUUUGGUGUCAAAAACCUGUCUUCCUAGAAGUGAUCAUUGUGUUUCUCAUUCCAAUCCAGGCAUCUAAAUCCUGAGUUCUUCUUGGGAAAACUGUGAAGCAGCUGAUGUCUGCUUUAGGUGCAGAGUUCUCUGGGCAUGAGUGACCCAGAAUCAGCUCACUCUGCUGGGGCCUUCCCUGCUUAGCGAUUCUAGUUAUUCACCUCUCCUAGUUCACAGAGCCAAAGAUCAGAAGUGAGUCCUCUGACUUGCCUGUCUCCAGGCUGUUCAGAGCCCAGAAAAAGCCAACACUCUACUGGCAUCCUUUUAUGUUUGAGGUUGGAGAAGGUCAUAGGGACCAGCAGUAGUGUAGACAUUCCUGGGAGAAGUGCUGUCCUGGGUGGAGAAAGAGAAGGUCAAGAGAUAAGAAGCUAGUGUCCCUUGAUGAGAGGCAAUUUCAGGACUUGAAUUCUCUUAGAAUAAAGGAAGAGACCUUUUGGAAUUAAUGGGAACAGAGGCUCAAGGCAUGAUCCCUGUAGGGUAUUUGUAAGGAAUUGGCAUAGACAGAAAAUGGGGGACAGGUUUCCUCCCAAGCAAGGGCGGGGUUGAGAAGAGACGUAUUGUUGCCAUUGUUGAGGGAGCUAUGAGCCUGUCUCUGGGCCAGGCAUUUCAUUGGCCUGGCCCAGAGACAGCUUUUCCUGGCUCUGUCAUACGAUGGCUAAUUUCAGGGAAGUCUCAGGUCAUUUCUUUGAUUUUACUGAAAGAUGCAGGUUAAGGAAGUUGUUGUUUAUAUAAGGACUUUGUAAAUGAGCAUUAAAAAAAUCAGAAAACAUUUGAGAGUUCAUGGUAUUACUUAUUUCCUUCCCACCCAGGUUGAGAGAUCUGCACUUCACAGAAAUCUUGGCACUGACUUACCAUUCUUUUAGCAGCAAUUGCUAAGCUUUCCUAAUUAGAUAGAUUACAUAAUCUUACUUUCUAGUUUGGAGUAACCAAAUCUUCACUGUAGUCUUCAGGCAGUCUCUGGACUCAGGCCUUAAUCUUAGGGGCUCACCUGACUUUCUGGUUUGGGUUCUGGCCAUUUCCUUUUCAGUUGUUGAAUUUUGUCUCUAGCUGGCUUCUUAAGACUGCUUCUGUACUUACCUCAUUAAUUCCUGUCCUUGCCUGUCUUUCCUUUAUGUGAUCCAUGUUUCCAUCACCCCUGAGUGAGCACCAUGGUAUUGAGCAUUGGACAGAUGAUUCCACAGAAUCAGCUGGAGACCAUAAAUGUGGAGUAGAAAUGCCUGGUUAAAAGUUUGACUUUGCUUCUCCUAGUAAGGCUCCCCGUUUGGAUGUGGCCUUUUAAACUCAAGGAUCAGCUGGUGGGUUGUGGGAUGUUAGUAAUAUGGCAGAGUCCCACAUUCCCUUCUGAUCAGAGACUUCGUGCUGAGAUGCUCCCUUUAAGCACCUGUGCAAGGAGAGAUGGGAAGCAAGGAUACACUUGAAGGGGACCCUGGCCCAUCAAACCUUUCCAUGGCAUUGCAUUUUCCCUGGGUUUCCGUAAAUUGGCACCAUUUUUUUUAGUCGUGGUUUUGUUUUAUUUUGUUUUUGCAUGCAGAAGAUAUAACAAGACAUUUUAUAAAUUAAAAAAAAAACCCCUGCUUGCCAAUUAACUGCUUUCAGUGGUUCUUUUCUGGCAUUUAUAGUGAUCUGGCAUUGACUUGUUCCUAUAGUGGUGGCCCUAUUUUGAAGUCAGUUAACUCUUUUGCCUUUGACAGUGUUGUGCCAUGGAAAUACAGUGAGUCCUGGGUUCUCAUGGUGUAGCAUGCUGAGUCUUAGAAGAGAAGUAGAUUCUUUUAUGAUUAGAAGUGGGAUAAUAAAGUGGUUUUGUUGAUGCAAAGGAGAUUUUAGUGCAAAAAUCAGUGCAGAUUGAACUUGUGAAACAUUCUUCCAGAUUGUCAGUUGGUUGACCCUUCCUGACUCCCAGGGAUCCCUAACUGCACACCCUGACUGCCUCAGUAUCCCCUUGCUGAGUGGCAGCCACCAGGCCCUCCUUAGGCUGUACUUCAUAUCAGGCCUACCAUCAGUCCAGUAGGCUCUUGCUUCCUGUACCCAUUUCUGGUGCAGGUCUUUCCCUGGCUCCUAAUACCGAGGCCACUCCUUGUUUGUUCCUGGGCUUUUCUUUGCUUCCUGUCUCACACCAUGGGAUCACCCCACUGCAGUCCUGAGCUGAGCGUGUGAUCCGGGCACCAACGGCCACCUGCUGUGCUACCUUUUCUGUUCUCACACUCACUACUGCCAAAAUUACCUGUUCCUUUAUUCCAUUUCUAUGACCUCAUCUCUCUCUCUUCUAAACUCUUGGUCUUCUCCUGAGCUUCUUCCUCUUUCCAGCCUGAACUCAGGGUCCAUCACCAGAUGUUCUUAUCAGCAGCCUGAACUUUUUCCCUUUUGCUUUUGCUUAAACUAUUAGCCCCUUUUCAUUCUCUGUAUUGGCCUAUUUUCUACUCCCUCUUCCUUGCUGCUAAGGAAGACAUAUUCAUAGUUGACAGGCUCAGUAUUGAUCGAAAAUUCUUUAACUUGUUGUUGCUCUUCUUUCUCAUCCACGCUGUUCAUCUUUGUUCUCAGCAAAUGUCUGAUCUCAUUGUUCACUUCACAGAAGAGAGCUCCUAAAGCAAGACCUUCCUUGCCCCCUCCUGUUGACCAGUGUCUGUGUCUUCCUCAUCUCCAUCUCCCUUACUCACAGUUAGUUUUCUAUUUCUUAAAUCCUGCUAUUUGCCCACCAAAGCUUUGCUCCCUCGCCUCUGCCUCUGCCCCCACUUCCUGGGAGCUUCAGCACCCUCUCUCCAUUAGUAACCCUUACAUAGUCUGCAAAUAACCAAAGUUCUUCCAAGAUUAAAAUAUUUUAGAAUCUAUUGUCCCUUACAGGUUUUCUGUGUCAGCCAAGUUUAACUUAAAAAUAGUCUUUUUUGUUGUGCUACAAUUGUGCAUAAAAGUACCAGUGACCACCCAGUUGCCAAAUCAAAUGAAUAUUUUUUUGUCCUCAACUGCCUUGAACUCUCCACAGCAUUUCACCUCAAUCACCACUCCCUCCAUGAAACACCCUUUUUACUUGCUUUCAGGAUAUCACAAGUCUCUGGACUGUCCUCAUUCCUCCAACACCAACAGGUUUAGCUCUUUUCAAAACCUAGACAGGGGACAUGUUUGUGGCCGUCUGCAGUUUCUACUCUGAGAAUUGGAUAAGCAGAAAGAAUCACAGCUGCUUUUGAUUCCUACCCUCUGUGUCUGUUUUCUUUGAGUCCCUUUCUUUUCCUGGACUCAGUUCUUCUCAUGCCAAGUAUGUUUAUGAGUUCCUUCUGGCAGGACAGUCCCUGUGAGUCCUCCUCCCUUUUUCAUCCUGUACAGCACACACUACAGUGUAGCCAUCUGCUUAGCCAUUUCCACCAGCUUAAGAGGGAUAGGUAGGCUUUUAUAGUAUCCAAACCACAGUCUGUCUAAACUAGAUUACUAGUCUGGUAGGCAGCUCAUCACUGUGAUCUCACACCAGUUAGUACAUGUAUAGUCGAGACCCAGGUCUGUGGUAAAACAUGGUUUUGUGUGUGGUUCAGUGCUUCAACCAGAAAGAGAAUCCUGAUAAGGAUACUUACCACUGAUAACAAGUGACUGGGGAGUGCGGCCAUUCAUUACUUGCCUGGGCAUAGCUGGGGUCGUAACUCCAUUUUGCUGGGUCUUUCCAGCUUAUGCAGAUCACCACCACCUGCUUGCUCCAGAUGUUCCUGGAGCCAGCAGCAGAUGUUGGUUACUCAGAGGUAAGGAGGUACAGUGCAAAUAUAUUUGAUUUGAGAGUCUGAACACCUUGAUUUUGGCUUUGCAAAUUAUGGGCUAUGUGACUUUGGGCUUGGUUUCCUUGUCUAAAGUUGGGGUAGGGGUGUUGAAAUACUGAUCUCUUGGAGACUCCCUAGCUCUAAAGAUCGUAACUAGUUCUCUGUGGCUCAGGCCACACAGGGACUGUAGAACUCUAGGUGUGGGACACAGAUAGGGGAGUCCUGAUCAGAGCAGGAAAGGGAUUCACAGGCCAAAUGGAGCUGCGUUGAGGAAAGUUCUCACCAGUUGGUGCUGUUGAACCAUAUGCCAAUCCUCAAGACAUACCCUUCCUGGAUAUCUAGGAUGAGUUCCUCAUAGACCAUUUCCAGGUGUGGCCAUUGGAUCCAAAGUGGCUGAGGGAUAUGAGGGAGGAGUAUUGUAAGGGGAGGUAUAACUGAUUUUAAAAGGACCUACACAUUUAAAAAUAAAUAAAAAAUAGUACAUUUCUUUACCAGCAA